UCCCUCCCUCCCCGUCACCCGUAACAACCACUCGAGCCCUCGCCGCGCCCCUCGGCCCUCCCGUCCCGGCCCCCGUCCCCGGAACCGGCGGUCGAGUGGCGGCAGCCGAGCCUGUGGCACGGCUCUCUCCCCACGGAGCCGCCGGCAUGAACGCAUCCCGCCACCCCGCGUCCCCGACCCGGUCCUUCUGACAAGAGGAGUAAGAAGAUUGCUAUUGAAUUACAACCAUGGUGCAAAAAUACCAGUCCCCCGUGCGGGUGUAUAAACAUCCCUUUGAGUUAAUUAUGGCUGCCUAUGAGAGGAGGUUUCCUACAUGUCCUUUGAUUCCAAUGUUCGUGGACAGUGACACCGUGAGUGAGUUCAAGAGUGAGGAUGGGGCUAUUCAUGUCAUCGAGAGGCGCUGCAAGCUGGAUAUAGACGCACCUAGGCUGUUGAAGAAGAUCGCAGGAGUCGAUUACGUUUAUUUUGUCCAGAAAAACUCCCUGAAUUCUCGAGAUCGCACUUUACACAUCGAGGCCCACAAUGAGACGUUUUCUAACCGGGUCAUCAUCCAUGAACACUGCUGCUAUACGGUUCACCCUGAGAAUGAAGACUGGACCUGUUUCGAACAGUCUGCAAGUUUAGAUAUCAAAUCCUUCUUUGGUUUUGAAAGUACAGUGGAAAAAAUUGCCAUGAAACAUUAUACAAGCAACAUUAAAAAAGGGAAAGAGAUCAUCGAGUACUACCUGCGCCAGCUGGAGGAGGAAGGCAUCACCUUCGUGCCCCGCUGGACACCGCCCCCCACAGGGCCCUCAUCAGAAACAUGUUCAUCUAGCAAGAAUCAAGCCGCAUCCGCAGCUGUCCUUGUCCCAGAUGCUGCUGCUGUCAAGGAGGGACUGAGUGGGGAGGUCCUCAGCAGCCCAGGGACAGUGGCUGAGCCCGUGGUGGGAACCCCUGACGACAAACUGGAUGCCGACUACAUCAAGAGAUACUUGGGCGACCUGACUCCCCUCCAGGAGAGCUGCCUCAUUAGACUUCGCCAGUGGCUCCAGGAAACACAUAAGGGCAAAAUCCCAAAGGAUGAGCACAUUCUUCGGUUUCUGCGCGCCAGAGACUUCAAUAUUGACAAGGCCAGGGAGAUCAUGUGCCAGUCCUUAACCUGGAGGAAGCAGCACCAGGUGGACUACAUCCUGGACACGUGGACUCCGCCCCAGGUCCUUCAGGACUACUACGCUGGGGGCUGGCAUCACCAUGACAAAGAUGGCCGGCCGCUGUAUGUGCUCAGGCUGGGGCAGAUGGACACCAAAGGUCUGGUGCGAGCUCUCGGGGAGGAAGCCCUGCUGCGUUACGUUCUUUCCAUAAACGAAGAAGGCCUGAGGCGGUGUGAGGAAAAUACCAAAGUCUUCGGCCGGCCAAUCAGCUCAUGGACCUGCUUGGUGGACCUUGAAGGACUGAACAUGCGCCAUCUGUGGAGACCGGGCGUCAAGGCCUUGCUGCGCAUCAUUGAGGUGGUGGAGGCCAACUACCCGGAGACGCUGGGCCGCCUCCUCAUCCUCCGAGCCCCCAGGGUCUUCCCUGUCCUCUGGACUCUGGUUAGUCCUUUCAUUGAUGACAACACCAGAAGGAAGUUCCUCAUCUAUGCAGGAAAUGAUUACCAGGGCCCUGGAGGCCUGCUGGACUACAUCGAUAAAGAGAUUAUUCCCGAUUUCCUGAGUGGCGAGUGCAUGUGUGACGUGCCAGAGGGCGGGCUGGUCCCCAAAUCCCUGUACAGGACUCCCGAGGAGCUGGAGAAUGAGGACCUGAAGCUCUGGACGGAGACCAUCUACCAGUCUGCCAGCGUGUUCAAAGGAGCCCCACAUGAGAUUCUCAUUCAGAUUGUGGAUGCUGCCUCAGUGAUCACCUGGGAUUUUGAUGUGUGCAAAGGCGACAUCGUCUUUAAUAUUUAUCACUCCAAGAGGUCUCCCCAGCCACCCAAAAAGGACUCGCUGGGGGCCCACAGCAUCACCUCUCCAGGGGGGAACAACGUGCAGCUCAUAGACAAAGUCUGGCAGCUGGGCCGGGACUACAGCAUGGUGGAGUCUCCUCUGAUCUGCAAAGAAGGAGAGAGUGUGCAGGGGUCCCAUGUGACCAGGUGGCCGGGCUUCUACAUCCUACAGUGGAAAUUCCACACCAUGCCAGCCUGUGCUGCCACCAACCUACCCCGAGUGGACGACGUGCUGGCUUCCCUGCAGGUCUCCUCGCACAAGUGCAAAGUGAUGUACUACACAGAAGUGAUCGGCUCUGAGGAUUUCAGAGGCUCCAUGACCAGCCUGGAGUCCAGCCACAGUGGGUUCUCACAGCUCAGUGCCGCCACCACCUCCUCCAGCCAGUCGCACUCCAGCUCCAUGAUUUCCAGGUAGUGCUGCGAAGCCUAGUGCGGAGGGCGCCUCGACUGCUGUGCUCCACCCACCCCGGAUGUGCAGACUCCUCCCCUCUAGAUAGCAGCUAGCUCUCCAGAUGGUCACUAGUCACCUGGUCCCCAGACCAUCUUGACAGGUAGUUUUAACUCUACCCCUAACUUUAACUCAAUAGCCAUAGAUUUUGUAUACAGCGUGCACAAAAUCAAACUGGAGCACAAGGGCUCUCGAAAGAAAAGUAGUUUAUCUACAGUAAGAGACUGACUGGUCUCAGAUGUCGAUGCAAAAAAUUUUUCCAACAAACGCCACCUUGUCCACUAGUGAAUGACUUGUGUGACACCCUGCAGAGACUCACCACCUCUUCCUCCUCCUCUUCCUCUUCCUCCUCCUCCUCCUCUUCCACCUCCUCCUCCUCCUCCUCCUCCUCCUUCUCCUCCUCCUCCUCCACGGAGCUGAAGCUGCAGCAGGCAGCCCUGAAGCUGCAGCAGAGGCCUCGGCUCCCUGUUAGUGGAGGUGGCCUGUGGAUCCAGGACAGCCCUUGAGGUCCCUUUCCUCUAAGGACUUGGCAGCCUGCAGGAGCACCUGGUCCUGGGGCAGAGCCAGCCCACUCUGAGCAGGCCCUCGCGGCCCAGGAGGGGCUGCCAGGGCUCCUCUUGACUCCCGCCAUCACCGCCAUCAUUAAACAUUGCUUUCUCUUUCCUCCUCUUCAAAUCUUUUGAUAUUUUUCAGAGCAAAAUUUUUCUGUCCGUGAACUUGGGGGAGGGGAGAGGGGAGAAUUCUUUCCCUCUGCUGAAUGCUGCCUUUCCUCCUCAUUGGGCAGCUCUGUGCCCUCCUAGCACCCAGGGUCCUCGGUCCUCCCAGUACCCAGGGUCCUCAGUCCUCCCAGCACUCAGGGUCCUUAGUCCUCCCAGCACCGGGGUCCUCAGUCCUCCCAGCACUCGGGGUCCCUAGUCCUCCCAGCACCUGGGGUCCUCAGUCCUCCCUGCACCCAGGGUCAUCAGUCCUCCCAGCACCCAGGGUCCUCAGUUCUAGCACCCAGGGUCUUUGGUCCUCUCAGUACCCAGGGUCCUCUCAGCAGGGCGUUUGGAAGCAGUAGAUCACACUUGCCUUUUGGAAGUGUGGCAGUGCAAACUCUAGCAAUGCUCUCCAGGGUGGCGCAUGGCUUGCAGUGGCUUUGGGUUUGCGGGUGGAUGUUGUGGGUAUGUAUGUAGGUGCUGUGUGUGUGCAUGAGGGAGUGGGGUGCUGCUGGGGAGGGGCCGUAGGGCUGCACUUGUUCUGUCUGCAUUUCAGAGAAGUGGAUCAGAGGCUUGGGUUCGUCUCUCUUUUUUUUUCUGAUCCUGACUUCUCAAAGCCUGCUGUUAGAGCAGCUCCUCAGUUCACAGCUUUUAUGGGAAAGCAUGCUUCUUACCGAGCUGUCUAGAAGUUGCAGGUGGCUGAUCUCCAGAAAAGGGCGCAGAAUCUGUUUGUGUGGUAACAAUGUCUAAAGAUGUGUGCCAAAUCAGUAUGGCUGUGAGUGUGUGAGGGGUGAGGGGAGUGGACUCCGAUGUGGAUGCUGCUCUGAGGCGCUGGCUGACUGGCGGUGUGAUUUGAGAGCUCUGUAGAGGGUGUGGCAUGUCGCAAGCAUGAGGGGAGACGGCAGCAGCCUGCUUGGCCAGUGAGCCCUCUGGCUCCUGGCACCCUGAGCUAUGCUUGCUGGCCGUUCUGGGUCCACUGCUGUGCAUUUCGUGUGUGUGGGGGCUGCUUGUACACGCACAGCGGGGCUGUGGCUGCCGCGUCCACACUGCUUCAGUCAGGGCUCCCCAGCUCCAAGCGAAAGGACCUGAAGAUGCCCCUGCUCUUUCUCUCUUCUCUCUCCUUUUCCCUCUCCCUUUCUCCAUGUCCCAGAUGGCGAUUUUGCUGACAACCUCCAAGAAAGCGCUUCACUCGACAGCCCACAUGUGCCCAGGGAUGUUUGUAGACCUAUCUGAGUCGCAGCCAUGCCCCAGGCUGAAGAGCUGCUCCCUUUAAGUCCAUUCAGAAGUGUCUCUGUUCAGCCCCCUCAGAGCUGAUAGCAUCUUUAAGAGCUCAAAGCACACAACUACACAUUCACAGGCCUUGAGCUUCCCCAGGCCACAGGGCACUGGCUGCCUUGUGAGGGAGGCUGGCUGUGAGGUGACUGUGUGGCUCACAGAGCUGCUUGUCCAGUGCCCAGCACUCCCCUAACAUGCUGCUCCCUGCACUCUCUGGGCUCUCCUGUUUCUAGUGUCUUAACUCACUCCUCCCUGAACCAUUAUUUGCAUAUCAAAUUCUGUAAAUGUUUUGUAAACAUAUUACCUCACUCUUGGUAAUACAAUACUGAUAGUCUUUAAAAGAUUUUUUUAUUGUUACAAUAAUAAAUGUGAACUGUUUAA